GCCCGCCUGCCGCGGGGAGCGAGCGCAGGGCCCGGGCCGCGCCGCGCCAUGGCUUUUUACCGCACAGAGGAGCGCGGCCAGCCCCACUCUCCCGGUUACCGCCUCUUUUUCAGGCAGGGACUCUGAUGAAGGGCUUCCCAGCAGCGUGAAUUUAUACUCACGAGUUUGCACCUUGAAUGCGAUCCACGAUCAAGAGCCUCGCUGGUUGCAAAGUAGCUCAUUCAACUCCGCAAAUUGAGCAAACCCAGAGGGCGAAGCGACUUGGGGCACUGACCUGGCCGACUAAGAUGGGAAAACACCCAGAGAAUGUAGCUGGUCACUACAUUUCCCCCUUUCAUGAUAUUCCUCUGAAGGCGGACUCUGAAGAGGAAAAUGGCAUUCCUACAAAGAGAGCACGAAAUGAUGAAUAUGAGAAUUUGUUUAAUAUGGUUGUAGAAGUACCUCGGUGGACAAAUGCUAAAAUGGAGAUUGCCACGGAGGAGCCAUUGAAUCCCAUUAAGCAAGAUGUAAAGGAUGGCAAGCUUCGCUACGUGGCAAAUAUCUUUCCUCACAAGGGUUAUAUAUGGAAUUACGGUGCCCUCCCUCAGACUUGGGAAGAUCCCCAUCGAAAAGAUAAGAGCACAGACUGCUGUGGAGAUAAUGAUCCUAUUGAUGUUUGUGAAAUAGGCUCAAAGGUUCUUUCUCGUGGAGAUGUUGUUCACGUGAAGAUCCUUGGAAUUUUGGCUCUUAUUGAUCAGGGUGAAACAGAUUGGAAAUUAAUUGCUAUCAAUGUGAAUGAUCCUGAAGCCUCGAAGUUUCAUGAUAUUGAAGAUGUUAAGAAGUACAAACCUGGUUACUUAGAAGCUACGCUUAAUUGGUUCAGAUUUUAUAAGAUACCAGAGGGAAAACCAGAAAACCAGUUUGCUUUUAAUGGAGAAUUCAAGAACAAGGCUUUUGCUCUUGAAGUUAUUAAAUCUACUCAUGAAUGUUGGAAAGCAUUGCUUAUGGAGAAGUGUGCUGGAGGGGCUAUAAAUUGCACAAAUGUGCAGGUAUGUGAUAGCCCUUUCCAUUGCUCUCAAGAGGAAGCAAGAUCAUUAGUUGAAUCGGUGUCAUUUUCACUGAAUAAAGGAAGUAAUGAAGAAGAUCAAGUAUGGCACUUCCUUGGCAAGUGAUGAGAACAUUUGAAGUUCUGCCAUCAGGAUUCCAGUCUCUAAAAACUCCAAGACUCCAUCUCCCCCAAGUGCUAGAAACAAGCAGAUCUAUGAGAAUUUGCUAACUUCCUUUUGAAACUUCUUUUUUUUUUUUUCAAACUUUUUGAGAUAUGCAAAGUGUAAAUAAACAUUGAAAUUUUUGAAUUAG